UGAUCUCUUAAACCUUAUUUAAAAGGAUGAGCUCUCAAGUGAAUAAUUUCAUCUCUCUUUCUCUUGUUUUUUUGGCUUUGGGGCAAAGGGAAAGGAGAAUGGGAGCCCUUGAUUAUCUUUCCAACUUUUGUACUGUCAAGACAACAAGAAGCAAGAGAAAACCAAUGCAGACAGUUGAGAUCAAAGUGAAGWUGGACUGUGAUGGAUGUGAAAGAAGGGUUCGAGAUGCUGUCACCUCCAUGAAAGGUGUGAAGUCGGUGGAGGUGAUGAGAAAGCAACAUAGAGUGAGGGUAAGUGGGUAUGUUGAUGCAAACAAAGUGCUUAAGAGAGUAAAAAGCACUGGAAAAAUUGCAGAGUUUUGGCCAUACAUUCCACAGCAUCUUGUUCAUUACCCUUAUGUCUCAGGUGCUUACGACAAGAAGGCUCCUUCUGGGUUUGUAAGGAAUGUUGUGCAAGCCUAUCCAACACAACAUGAAGAAAACUUUGUCUCUCUUUUUAGUGAUGAUAAUGUCAAUGCUUGUUCCAUCAUGUAGUUUUUUYUCUCUCUUUCUGUUCGAUCUCUUCUUUUUCCGUUCUCUAUCUAUCUUUUUUGAGAAGCGGGAUGAUUGGGGAUGAAAKAUUUGAACUUUUGUGUUAAAUCGAUUGGACUUUGUCAGUUGAGUUUGUGUUAUCAGCGGUGGCGGUCAUAAACUCUACUUUUUCUCGCUCAUCUGAGUUGUAAUAUCUUUUUAGUUUCUUGUGAUUAUGAGYAUGGAUUGAAAUAAAUAGUGUGAUUAAUAAA